GAGGUGGCCCUGCGCCAAGGGGGCUCCCUCGGGGGCUUCCCUCGGACGGGAGCCACCAAAGAGCCUCCUCCAACGGGGCUGGGCGCGCAGAGCGGAGGAGUGAUCAAUGGUGCAGCGGGAAGGCAGGCGAGCGGGCUGCCUUGAGUGCCGCCCUGGUCCCGCCGGCUGCGCAGCCUUCCAUCCCUCCCCCCCCCCUCUCUAUCCUUCCCUCCGCCAAUCAAUUCACUUUUUGCCUCUUGUUUGUUCCGCGGGGAGCGGGAUCGAUUGAUCGCGGGAGGGGGCGUCUCCUCCGCGCUUCCGCUCCCCUCCCCGCCUUCCUGGGCCCCGCCUGCUCCAAUUAGUCUGCCCUGGAGGUGCGGGGGGGGGGCGAACGAGUGAGCGGGCGGCGCGUGGCGUGGCUGCCCAUUGGGCCGGGCACCACUCGCCGGCGACGCGCGAGGAGGAUUCCCCCACCCGGAGCUGCUUGCGUCGCUCCCUCCCUCCUUCCCCCUCCGCCGCUUUCUCCCUCUCUCAACUUUUUCCUUCUCUUCCUUUUCCUUCUUCCGCUUCAGUCUUUGGCAAGGAGCCGUUGAAGGUCCGCCGGAAAGGAAGGAAGGUACGGGGGUAGGUUUUAAGCGGGAGCUCUCCGCCCGUCGGGGGGCACCACCGGGAAAGGGACCCAGCGAGGAAGUGGGUGUCGAGCAAGCCAAGAAAGGGGAGCGUCAAGCCAGAAAAGCCCACGUCGGAGGGAGGGAAGCCCGUCGGUCUCUAUUGCCGCCUUCUUGGGUUGGCAUAGACUUUGCCAGCUUGCGAGCCAUUCAAACAAGUGGCUCCAGCCUCACUCCAGAGAGCGGGCUCUGCCUUCCUCCUCCCGCUCUUUCCUCCCCCUCCUCUUUUUAUUUGAGGAUGAAAUAAUGUUGACAUGCCUUGAAUUAUUAAGUAUCCCCUGGAUUUUAUGAGCACACGAUGCCUAAAUGCUGCCUGUGCCUGGUGGGGUCUUAACCGGGCGAGCGGAGGAGCGGCACACGCAGCGGCACCACCGGGCAGCUCUGGCAGCUGGGCUUGUGCAGAUAAGAAGGCGGCAGAAGCUCCAGGAGGAGAUCACUAGUCUGACAAGAAGAGCCAAGCGGCAGCGGGAGCUCCAGAGAGAGCAGGGCCAGGCUCCUGCCCGGUCCUCCUGCUCCUCCUGCUCCUCUUCUGCUGGGCUUCCUGACUGAGGGGCGUCCUGCAGCAUCAGGCGGAGAGCGGCCGGUGCCGGGCACCCCAGGCUCCCGCUGCCUCCCCUCGCUGGGGGGGUAGCGUGCUGCCUGGUGCCUCGGCACAAAUGCCGAUUGAGAUUGUCUGCAAAAUCAAAUUUGCAGAGGAGGAUGAGAAGCAGGCGGCGAAAGAGGAAGGGGACAAGGAGAGCUUGCUAGAAGAGCCUCGACGGCCACACCGCCGGGACCUGGCCGCCUUCGCCGGGGCCAGCACCCUGCACGGCUUCGGCCACAUUUGCCGCUCGGGGCGACUGGGGGUCCGGCAGGCCCUCUGGGCCCUGGCCUUUGCGGCCUCCCUGGCCUUCUUCCUGUACCAAGCGGCCCGGUCGGCACUCUUCUACCUGGAGCACCCCCACGUCACCACCCUGGACGAGGAAGCCACCCAAAGGAUGGUCUUCCCGGCCGUCACCAUCUGCAACAUCAAUCGCUUCCGUCACUCGGCUCUUACUGACGCCGACAUUUUCCACCUGGCCAACAUGACUGGGUUGCCCCCCAAGGACCGAGAUGGACACAGGGCCUCAGACCUGCUCUAUCCAGACCCAGACAUGGCUGACAUUGUCAACCGCACUGGGCACCAGCUUGAUGACAUGCUCAAGAAUUGCAGCUUCAGUGGAGAGAACUGCUCAGCAGAGAACUUCACAGUGGUCUACACACGCUAUGGGAAAUGCUACACAUUCAACGGGAACCGAAACAAACCACGGGUGACUCGCCAGAGUGGGAUGGGCAAUGGGCUGGAAAUCAUGUUGGACAUUCAGCAGGAGGAGUAUCUGCCCAUCUGGAGAGAGACCAAUGAGACAUCAUUUGAAGCUGGAAUUCGGGUACAGAUCCACAGCCAAGAUGAGCCACCCUAUAUCCACCAGUUGGGGUUUGGAGUCUCUCCUGGUUUUCAGACUUUUGUCUCCUGCCAGGAACAACGGUUGACGUACCUGCCCCAGCCAUGGGGGAGCUGCCGGGCCAGUGUGAAGGGGGAACAGGUCCUGCCUGGCUAUGAGAGCUACAGCAUAGCUGCUUGCAGACUGCAGUGCGAGAAGGAGGCCGUGGUGCGUAACUGCCAGUGCCGCAUGGUACACAUGCCAGGUAAUGAGACCAUCUGCUCACCCAAUGUCUACAUCGAAUGUGCUGACCACACACUAGAUACAGCUGUGGAAGAUUCCCAGGACCGCUGUGUCUGUCCGACACCGUGCAACAUGACACGUUACGGCAAGGAGAUCUCCAUGGUGCGCAUUCCCAACAAGGGAUCAGCCCGAUACUUGGCUCGCAAGUACAACCGCAACGAGACCUACAUUCGGGACAAUUUCUUGGUGCUGGACAUCUUUUUUGAGGCACUGAACUAUGAAUCGAUUGAGCAGAAGAAGGCAUACAACUUGGCUGGCCUUCUGGGGGACAUCGGAGGUCAAAUGGGCCUCUUCAUCGGAGCCAGUGUUCUCACUGUCUUGGAAAUCCUUGAUUACAUCUAUGAAGUGAUCCGUGACAAAGUGGCCCAUGGCCUACGGCGUUCUAAGCCUGCUCUAAAGAAGCCUUCAGGCAGUAUUGCCACUUUGGGACUGGAGGAGAUCAAAGAGCAGAGUCCCUGUGAUACCCUUGGACGUCAUGCUGAGGGCACCUACCCCACAGGUCUCCUGCCGAACCACCACCAUCGCCACCACUACUCAGCCCAAGGGGUCUUCGAAGACUUUGCUUGCUAGUCCGGCCUGUGUCACCGCUCCCUCUUUCCCCCUUCCUCCCAAAAUGAAGGCAGUGCUUCUGGAGCAGCCUCGGACACAGCAAUUCCCACCCUUUGCCAGGAGCUCUUCCAAGUCCAAAAGCCAGACCAAGCAAUUUCUUCCCACCUCGCAAGACUCCCCCAACUCCCAAAGCAUUUAUGCUUUUUAGCCCUCUUGCUCCUGUAACCCCUUGUAUCCUGUCCAGUUGGUACCCUCCUCCCUAAGGUCCAGACCCCAACCCACCUAUACUGAAGCACAGAAAAAGAGCACCCAAUGCCAAGCCCAGGGGGACACAGGGGGCUUCAAGAAGCUCCACUGGCAGGAAGCAGACUUCCCCCCCACCUCCCGGGGAGAUCUGUCCUCCAAGUCGAAGGGAGGAAGGGAAAUGGGGAAACAGAGCAAGCCGGGUGGCAAAGGGGCAGUCUCAGGAGAGGCUCUAGCCCAAUACAGUAGCACCAACCAGCCAUCUGCUGACAAGCCAACAUGGCAGUGUCUGCCAUGAAUUUCCUACAGUGAUGGUAAUCUUCCCUCCAACAUCACUCACUUUGUACAGUCCUCUCCAGCAUUACUAUUCCUCAUAUCAAAAUCACACACACAUGGGGGUGUUUAGGAGCAGAAAGCAGGUUGUGAGUCCUGUUCACUCCUGUUGAGCAGCACCAUAUACCCUGUUGUUGCUGCCCACAUAGAGACUGUGCCCAUAAGAAGGCAUGAAUCUUCAACUCCUGUUCAUGUGAGGAAAAAUCAGGAUGUGCCCCUUUACUGCAUGGGCCUUGGCCCAUCCCCUUACCCAUCCCACCACAUUUAUUCCCUCACAGAACUGUAUAUUUGUACAUAACCAUUGGGAGCCUGUGGUUUUUAGCCAGACAUUCAGAUCAUUGACACAGCUGCCCUCUGCUGGUUUCACUGCUGGUAUGGCUGGAUACUGAUACAGACAUCCAAACUCAGGUUUCCUCCCAACGCCAAGGCCAGAGCCAGAGCCCGCAGAAGGCUGCUGUCAUCACCAAAGCCCAAAUUUCCCCAUAGCACUCUCUUCUCAGACCCACAGCCUUGCCUCUUCCUCCCAUCGUCCAUACAUUACUCUCUCCCUCCAGCAGUAUUCAAGGUCUAAGCCAAAAAUAGCCACUCCAUCCCCCAGGAGAACAGAGUAGGAAGUUCCAAAGUCCCUUUGGGUCCCACACCAAGGCUGAGGGGACAACAGUACUCUCACAUUCCCCCAUGACUCAGGCCUUUAGAUGGAAGCACUUUGUAGCAGAACAGUUCAGUGCAUGUAGGUUGACGAAUCCUCAAGUGGGGGGAUCUGCUCUCAGCACUUGUUAAAAGGACCCUGUGUAAGUGCAAGAGGAAAAAGCCAACCAAACCAUAUUAUGCUGUCUUGGGGGGGAAAGGGAGUUCCUCAAAAUGCCAGCAGUAGCCCUUAGCAUCCAUGUAGCAAACCAGUAAGGCCCCUCUGGCUUCCAUGGCCAAAAUGUGUCAAGAACCUCAUGGUGCUGUGCCCCACACUUUGGGCAGGGUGCUGUAUUAGGUGUGGGUGGAUAUGCAUUUCAAGAGAAAGGUGAUACUUGUGGGAAUCGCAGUUACAAAUGCCCCCUCCCUCCCCUAGUGGCAGCUACCAACCCUUGUCACAGAGAUUGACAUAAAUACUAUCUUUUGAGGGAGCAAGGAUGUUGGUGCCUACACUCCUGCUUGAAGUGUGUGCCAGCCCAAGGGGUGGGGUGCAGCCCUGCAGGCUGCGUGGGGCUCUGACAGGGACCCAGCCAGGGCUGUUUCCAGGAGGGGCCCAUCCAUCUCAUUAAUUUACUGAGCGCGAGUCGCUGUUUUACAAAUGUACAAGUUUUAUCCCAAUAAAGAGGCACAAAUAGAACUCCA